UGGGCUCCUCCUCCCGGCCAUGCCCUCUAAUUAACGGGGCUCCUUCCUCGCUAAAGCUUGCAUUGGACUGCAACAUAGUCAAAGAGCAAGAGAGAGAGGAGGAGGAGAAGAGAGGGAGGGAGAGAGAGAGAGAAAGUGCCAGUGGAUAUAAUUGAUUGUCUCGCUAUCAACAAUAACUUGUUAGUAUAGUCAAUUGCAGCUGCUUUCCAGUCUCACUGUUUGCACUGAAGCAUCAGAGGCUGUGGGAUUGUUUUGUGGGCACAACUGGACCACUAUCCAGGAGCUGUGGCCGAGAGAAGUGGCACUUUAAAGGACCCCAAGUUCUCCAAGCCUGCGGCAAAACGGGCAUGAAGACAGCGGGCAUGUAAUUCCACACGUCCACCGAGCGCAUCGUCUCUCUCGCUUCCCUCCACAUCCAGCACAUCUCUACGGGCUGAAUUACUGUACACUCGCCUCUGCAGAAUCACCUGCACUCAGAUACUGAAGUGCUUCUGAAACGAGGUGAGAUCAGACUAAAUAAAACAAUGAGCUCCAAAGAAGACGCGAAAGGCGCCUCGGUGGAGGACAGGAGGCGAAGUCCCCUAGACCAUCUUCCUCCUCCAGCUAACUCCAACAAGCCUCUGACGCCCUUCAGCAUAGAGGACAUCCUCAACAAGCCUUCAGUCAAGCGCUCCUACUCGCUGCUGCCCGCCGCGGAGAAGGCCACCCCGGCCGGACACCCGCUCGCCUCCCGCGCGCUGCUCACACACACCUCUCCUCUGUGCGCCCUGGAGGAGCUCGCCAGCAAAACCUUUAAAGGACUGGAAGUCAGCGUGCUGCAGGCCGCCGAAGGCAGAGACGGUAUGACUCUGUUCGGUCAGAGGAAUACUCCUAAGAAACGGAGGAAGUCCCGGACAGCCUUCACCAACCAUCAGAUUUACGAGCUGGAGAAGCGCUUCCUCUAUCAGAAGUAUUUGUCUCCCGCUGACCGGGACCAGAUCGCCCAGCAGCUCGGCCUGACCAACGCGCAGGUCAUUACCUGGUUCCAGAACCGGCGGGCGAAGCUCAAACGCGAUCUAGAGGAGAUGAAGGCGGACGUUGAGUCGGCUAAGGCCGUGGGCUCGGUACCAUAUGAAAAAAUGGCCAAAUUGGCAGAUCUGGAGAAGUGCGCGAACGGCAUCGGCGGCGGACCGGCGGGGCACGACUCUCCCACGCUCUCCGCGCACGAGCGCGAGGGGGUGAACCGCGCGCCCACGUCGCCGUCCUCGCCGUUCACGGACCGCACCACCAGCAAAGAGUGUUCUGAGGACGAGGACGAGGAGAUCGACGUGGACGACUGAUAGACCACUCGCGCUCUCCCCCGAACUGCUCUUCCUGCAGACCCCACAGAGGUUAAAGUGCCAUUAAUGCACCAAAUGUAUUUAAAUGACUGAAGAGAAAAAAGAGAAACACUCAAAACAAGCAUGGGCCGUUUUCUCAGAUCUAUUUAUGCAGUGACAGCUAUCUAAAUAUCGCAGCCAUUUAGCCUAUUUAUUUUAGACCAACCAGUAGUGGAAGAAAAGCAAUAAGUACCAUGACAUUCUCUCUCUCCUCUCCCUCUCUCUCUUUCUCUCUCUCUCUCUUAAUCUCUCUCCCACACACACUACAAAACAGUUGCCCAUUUAUUCCACAUAGAAGAAUCCGUACCGUGUUUUGAGUAAUUUACAAUGCAUGUUCUGUUUUGUUUUACGAUUUUUAUUCUUUGUUAAUGUGACUGCAGCUCUGAAACAUUACCCUCUCCAAAAUCUUCACAGACUA